CUUUCUUAUGGAAUUUCUGUUUUUUCUAUUAUCACCCUUUAAUACUCUAGAAGUUUGCAUCUCGUUGACCAUAGACUUUGUAUUCUCAGUUCGGUGAAUUCGAAACUUUACUGGCGCAAUUAAUUUUUGCACUGGUUUACUUCUAAUUGAUUGAAAAGAAUUGCCCUCUUUGAUCUAUCUCGUCGAAUAAUUCAUCAGAAUUCACUGUAAAAUGCCAGAUACACCGCCAGAAACACCCUCCCCACCGCCACCACAACCACCGGAGCCAAAGGAUUCACAAGAAUCCGAUUUCCAAAACCCUAACCCUAACCUUAAUCCUACAUCCGAUUCCGAAGAUCCUUCUCAGAAUCAUCUUCCUUCAACCUCUGAAGCUGUCAUUAAUCAGCCCCAUGAAGAACCGCAUGGGACUAUUUCAGUUGAAGAUCAAGAUGACCCAGAACCCGAUAACCCAGAAUUAGAAGAAGGUAUGUCUGCUGAUACUGUUAUUAAUAUUGAUCCUCACGAAAAUAAGGGUAACAAACCUCAUAUUUCUUCGGUACGUCGUUCUACAAAACGUAAAAAGGGUAGUAAAAAGUAUGUUAAUAAGGCUGCUUCUGAGAGAAAUAUGCAAAAGUUAUCACUUGGUUUCAACCCUAUUCCUUUUAUUCCUGCGAAAAUUCUAGAUUUUGCUAAGCAUGAAGAGCUUUUGAAGAAAUUGGGUUUGUGGGAUUUUGCUCAUGUUCAAUUUGAUAGGAAUAUAAGGGUUGAUUUAAUUGGGCAAUUGAUUGUUACUUAUAAUGUUAAAAAUCGAGGUAGUUAUGUUAAUGGUUUUAAGAUUGGGGUUAGUAGGGCUGAUUUGGGUCGGGCAUUGAAGUUGCCUAAAAAAGUUGAAUGUGAUUUGGAGGUUUUUCCUGGGAAUUUUUUGUCAUUUCUUGAUGAAUUUGUGUCCAAUUGGAUGUUGUUACAUGAAGAUUUCUUGUGUACACCGGAUGAGAUUGUUAACUGGAUUAAGAUGAUAAAAGAGGGGAAUCCUCAUAAAGUUGAUUGGUCUGGAUUGAUUUGGUAUAUGACGGAGAAGGAGUUGACUAGACGGGUGGACUUGAAGGACUGUUAUUAUGCCUCGCAUUUGCAGCAAUUGAUCAAGGUGCAAAAGGAGGAGUGGUUCCAUGACAGGCCUGGCCUUGAUGGGGGUGUUACCGUCAAGGAGACGGUUGCUGUGGAAGAUGAUGAUGAUGGUGGUGGUGAUACGAAGAUGGUGGACACCAAGGAGUCAGAUAGUUUAGAACAAAAGUUGGAGGAGCAAAAUGUUGAGCUGAAGCUAGGUCAAGAUGUUGAUGCCAAUGUGGAGAAUACUACUGAUGAUGAUCGAAUGGAAAACAUUGCUAAUGCUGAUAACGUUGAAGAUGGUGCUAAUGCUGACAAGGUUGAAAAUGUUAGUUAUUGCCAUGCUGAUGAAACCGAGAAGAUUGAUGAUUCUAAUGCCAUGAAAGAGGAGGAUGAUGAUGUGAAUUAUGAGAAUAGUGAUGUCGGUAACAAGGUGGAAACUAUUGAUGUUGAUGAGAAGAAAGAAGAGGAUGGAAUCAAAACUGUUGAAGUUGCUGACAAAGUUGAGGAUGACGGGAAUCCGGAGGAGAAUCAAGAUGUGGAUAUGAUGGACUAUGGGGAAUACAAGGAGGAGGAGCAAGGACAGGUAAAAGGAUUGGGACAGGGACCGGGACAGGGGCAGUGGUUUUUGGAUGGUCAUAUUGGAGAGCAGCAUUUUUUGCAGCGUUGUAUUACGGUUGACGUGAAUGCUUCUGAGGACACAAGACUUGAGGAUGUUGGUGAAGAUGUGGAAGAUGACGAAGUCGAAGAGGAUGGACAUGUGGAAGGUUUUAAAAUCAUGUCGAAAACUUCCAUGGAUGCCAUGACUUCUGCAAAUCUUAUGCAGGCUUUUGAAACAGGUCAACUGCCUUUUUCACCAACCGGGCUUGGUGGUCAGUCUUCUUUAGAGCUCAUGACAUCAAGGCCUGAUAAUAAUGUGAUGCUGGGCGGCCCUUCAAUGUUUAAUCAUGGUGGGAAUGGAGAGAUUGACCAUGGGCACGACAUUUCUCACCAAGCGCAAAAUGAUCGUCACAAGAGGAUGCGAGUUGAUGGCAAUUGGGAUAAUAAAGUUCCUGACUUUGUCAUGUGCAUAGAGAACUUACUGCAAUGUGUCGAGAAAACUAAAAUGUCUCAUUUUGCUGGUAUGGACCAGGCUUAUCAACAAUUGAAUAUGUCUCAACACAUCAUGGAGCAGCAGUUAGUGGAAAAGAGCAGCGAGAUUGAAGAGUUGAAAUACAAGCUUGACAGUCUACAGAGGUCUAGACAAGCAGAAGUAUCUCGUCUUAACAGGGAGCUAAACCUGAUGGUUAGUGUUAUUGAUGGUUAUAGGAUGGCAUUAAAACAAACCCAGAAGACAUUUUCUGAAUUCCGAAAGCGUACUCAAGUACCCGAUGAACCUGUAUAUAGAGAUGCUGCCCUUGGUGGUGUUGUUAAAAGUGUUGCAGAAUUGGAGAGAGAGCAGUUCCAGAAAGAACUAGAAAACAAGAAAGCAUGCUCUAUUAUUCAUGGAGCUUUUAGGAGUAUUCUAAAUGAUUGUGAGAUGAAAUGGGAUGGCGAGGUAUUGGCAAAGAUCGAGUCUCAUAAUAGCAGGCUUAUGGAUGGUAUAAAGGAAGUGGAACAACUUAAGGAUCAUCUUAUUAAGCGUAAGACACCCUCAAAUCUUGAGACACAAGAAGAUGUUGAGAUGUCGCCCAUUUAUGAGACUCGAGGAAACAUUGAGAUGCCUGCUAAUGUUGAGACACAAGGAGAUGUUGAGAUGUCACCCGAUGUUGAGACUCGAGGAGACGUUGAGAUGCCAGCCGAUGUUGAGAAACAAGGAAACGUUGAGACCCCAGCCGAUGUUGAGACACAAGGAAAUGUGGAGAGGCCAGCCGAUGUUGAGACACAAGGAGAUGUUGACCCACCAGUCGAAGUCGAUGCUCAAGCAGAUGUUGAGGCACCAGCCAAUGUUGAAACUCCAGCAAAUAUUGAGGCACCCGCAAAUGUUGAAGCACCGGCCAAUGUCGAGGCACCCAUCCAUGUUGAUACAACAGUAAAUGUUGAGGAUGAACCAGAAGCUGCUUCGGUAUGAUGGGAGCUUUUUAAGGUGAUUUAGUAAAGGUUCUAUGCUCUUAGUUCAUUGUUUCAGUUUCUCUAAAAUUACUGCUAGUAUAAAGAAUAUGUAAAUGCCUAUUGCUGAUGAUGGCUGCUACUACCUAUUAUAGAUGUAUGUACUUUUACCUCAUCAAGCUUUCUCAGAUAUUGCUUCAUUGGCAUCUAUGUUAA